UGAAGUAACAUACUAAAAAAAUGAGCCCCAUGUGCUAUUAUUAAUAUAUUGACUAAUUGUCAAAGGGCUAAUCCCCCAUUUCUGGCAGUGAAUAACUAAUAAGAACUUAUCAUUGGGUUGUGUUAUUGACUUUUGAAUUCUUGCUAAUUAAAAGGAAUUGUGAGUUGUUUUUUAGUAGUAUUUUAUAGUUUCCUAUAUACAUAAUCUAAUUGACUAGAUCUGCAUGCAUUAACCCAUAUAGACUAGAGUGACCAAGUUUAAAGUUUUCUCAGUAUGAUCAAAGUUGUGCUGCUUAUGUUGGUGCUAGUCAUGAGUUAUGUAUGGAGUAGUACAAGCUCUUCUGAUGAUCAUUGCAUAGAGAAGGAGAGACAAGCUCUUCUCAACUUGAAGAAAGGCUUUGUCGAUGAUGGCAAUCGUCUAUCCUCGUGGAAAAGUAGUAGGCGAGAUUGUUGUGCAUGGAGAGGUAUCAGGUGCGAUAACUCAAAAACUCAUCGUCAUAUUAUCGCUCUUGAUCUUAAAUCUAACUACGAUGAUACACAAUUGUAUGGUGAAAUUGGUCAUUCUUUGGUUGAAUUGCAACAUUUGAGGUACCUAGAUCUUAGUUACAAUGCUUUUACUGAAAUUCCUGAGUUCAUUGGCUCUUUAACUAGACUUAGAUCUCUCAUCUUUGAAUACAAUCCUAUCACAUUCAUUCCUUCCCAGCUUGGGAACCUCACCAGGUUGAAAUUUCUCAAGCUAGCUGGUGUUGAUUCAGAUUCUUAUGAGAUUAGUACUAAUCUUGAAUGGCUUUCUCAUCUCACUUCUCUGAGAUUCUUAGAGUUGACUUACACUAAUCUUACGAAAUCCACAAACUGGUUUCACUUGAUUAAAACAGCACCAUCUUUGUCAAGUUUGGCAUUAUAUAGCUGUGUAUUUCCACCAACAGCAACAGAUUUAGAUAUCUUCUCCAACAAAAAUUCUUCAAAUUCUCUAACCAAUCUUGAUAUUGCUUAUGGUAACAUACCUCAUAAUGCAGUUCCUUGGUUGCUAAAUGUUAGUACCAAUCUAGUUAAUCUCACUCUUAAACUUAAUGACAAUCUAAUGAAAGGUCCUAUUCCUAAUUCUUUUGAAAACAUGAGAUUUCUUGAACGCAUUGAUUUGUCUUCGAAUGGAUUUGAAGGUGAAAUACCAAAAUCAUUGGGGAAUCUUUGUAAUCUUGAAGAAUUAGUAUUGUUGAACAAUAAAUUCAAUGCUACAUUUUCUGAUGUUUUAGAAAGUCUUAGUGGUUGUGCUAAACAUUCUUUAGAAAGUUUGGAUUUUGAGGAGAACCAAUUAAGUGGAUCCUUUCCUGAUUUGAAAGCAUUCCCUGUCUCUUUAAAAGAAUUAUGGAUCAACUCUAACCAAUUACAAGGACCAUUGCCCAAUUUUUCAAUGCUUUCAAGUCUUAGAUUGGUGGAUGUUUCUUACAAUAAGCUUAAUGGUACUUUACCUGAAGAUAUUGGUAAGCUUCAUCAUCUCGAGUACUUGUCUGUCUCUUCAAAUUCUUUCACUGGGUUUGUCAGUGAAGUUCACUUUGAAAAACUUUCCGAAUUGAAGGAACUUGAUUUAUCCGAUAACUCGUUGACAUUGAGGACCAUUUCCACUUGGAGUCCACCAUUUCAACUUGAAAGACUAUCAUUGAGAUCCUGCAAGUUAGGUCCACAAUUUCCUUCUUGGAUUAAAACGCAAAUAAAUCUUUCAUAUCUUGACAUCUCAAAUUCUGAAAUUCACAGUGAAAUUCCUAAUGGGUUUUUCAAUCAAACUUCGAAUUUGAAUUUUCUAGAUCUGUCUUCGAAUCAAUUUCAUGGUUGUAUUCCACCUUAUUUGUCGAAUGUCAACAUGUUGAUUCUUUCAAAUAAUAGAUUUAUUGAUGUAAAGUCUUUUCUUUGUUACCCAUCACAAGGAUCAAUAAAAGUUCUUGACAUUUCCAAUAAUAUGUUAAGUGGAAACCUUCCUAAUUGUCAAUGGCAUAUGAAGGAAUUGAUUGUUCUGAAAUUAGAUAACAAUAAUUUGUCUGGUAUAAUUCCAAGAACAAUUGGUCUGUCAUAUGGAAUUCAAUAUUUGCUUUUGGGGCAUAAUAAUUUUUCAGGAAAGCUUCCAUCAUCCUUGAAGAAGUGUAAACAACUUCAAGUUCUUGAUGUCGAAUAUAAUAAUUUAGAAGGAAAUAUACCAUCUUGGAUUGGGAAAAGACUCAUGAAUUUGAUUAUUCUUCGAAUAAGAUCAAAUCAUUUUAAUGGAGUCAUACCAUCCAGUUUGUGUCAUCUUCAUUCUCUUCAAAUAUUUGACAUUUCCAUGAAUAUCAUAACAGGACUUAUUCCUUCAUGCAUAAAAAAUUUCACCUCUAUGGUAGAUGGAAAGAAAGAGAGCCAUAUAAAUAUUUGGACACCAGUUCCCAUGUAUGGCGACAUGUUUUUAACGUAUGAAGUUGUUACAUCGAUUAUGUGGAGAGGCGCUUAUCGCGAGUAUAGCAGUACUCUUGGAUUAUUAAGAGUGAUCGAUCUCUCGAGUAAUAAUUUGAUUGGUAAAAUCCCUGAAGAGUUAACAAACCUUGUUGAAUUGGUUCAACUUAACCUAUCAAGGAAUAGUUUGAAUGACACUAUCCCUAUGAAGAUUGGGAACUUAACUAACUUAAUAUCUCUCGAUUUAUCUCACAAUAAGCUUUCUGGUGCAAUUCCCACAAGCUUGGCAAGCAUAUCUACUCUGUCUUUGUUGGAUUUGUCGAAUAACAAAUUGUCAGGAAGAAUCCCUACUGGCACUCAACUACAAACUUUUAAUGCUUCGAUGUACAUGCAUAAUGAUGGAUUGUGUGGACCUCCAUUGACCAAUUCAUGUCUUGGAGAUGAGUCACCGAAUCGUCCUCAAGAUCAUUCAGAUGGUGCUGAAGAUAGUGAAGAAUGGAUUGACAUGUCAUGGCUUCGUAUGGGAAUUUGGGUUGGAUUUGUAAUUGGAUUUGUUGGAGUGUGUGGUAAUUUAUUACUCAACACUUCUUGGAGACUUAACUAUUUCAAUUACAUGGGCACCAUUGGUGAUUGGCUUUAUGUGAGGAUUUGUGUGCAGACAAAUUUAUUGAAGAGAAGGUUUUUCAAUUAAACUCCAUUGAUGAUGAGUUUGUUCAUUAACUGGUCUCAUAUUUAGUAGCUUUAAAGUUUCAAGAGUUUGACAGUUGAAGCACUAAAGGGUACUACUCAGUACUCACUCCACAUUCAUGUUUAUCAAUUAGAUUAUAAGUCUACAUGUUACUAUGCUUUAAUGUUUGCUUAUGAAUAAUUCAGUGUAUUUGUUUAUGCUAUACUUAUGAAAGGUUGUAAUAGUAGCAAAACUUAUCAUUUGUAAUAACUCUUUUGUAAAAUAUUGAGUAAUUUGCGGGAUAAAUAUUUAAGUUUAACUCCCGGUUGUAAAUAAAUACUUAACUUUAAUUUUUAGCGAUAAUAAUACGUAAGUUAUAUUUUUAGAACUCUGUAGGUACCUGGGUGUUAAAUGUCAAGUCAUUAUCCACGUAUCAUUUUUUAUUGGUAUAUUUAAAUUAAUUUUUAAAAAAUAAAAAUAAAAAUUCAUGACUUGGACCAAUCAGAAAUUGCCACGUGAAAAUUUACUUAACACUUAACAACCAGGUACCUAUAGAGUUUCAGAAAUAUAACUUAAGUAUUAUUGUCGCCAAAAAUUAAAUUUAGGUACUUAUUUGUAACCGAAAAUUAAAUUUAAGUAUUUAUGCCACAAAUU